UAAUCUGCAUUAGGCACACGUUAAUCUUCUGUACAGACCCGAUUUGCACAGUUUAAGUAUGUGUUCAGUGAAUACUUCGUGUAACGUGAAGAGAUUCUACUGCGACCCAAAUUCUUAUGAAGGCCAUGCUUGAUUCGAUCGAUUUAUGAAGUCCAAGCUACGCGCAUGUGUCGAUUGUAACCGCGGAUUUGGAUUGUUUAGAAAUUCUGUUUCUAGGGGAGCAGAAGUGGCCAUUUGUUCUGGAAACCAGGUUUAGGGCUUAGGUCCUUCGCUGGUAAUGAGCACGCGGCUCGCCUAAUUGUGAGUUAUGAGCAGUGAUAGACCUAAAUCUUGGUGGGUGCGCACCUAUUGCGUUUUAAAAUCAAUUAUGUGGUUGUGUAUCUGAGCAGCCAUUUCCAUUCUAGUGCGCAUUGUACUGCGAGUCGAACUGCCGUGGCUGUUCCAUUGAUCCCUCAACUACCCUAAAUUCCUUGCUGAGUUGAUUACUGUUAUCUUAUCAAGUUCCUGAUCGUGUCGGUUUAGCGCCUUUCCGCGGAGCUGAAAACUUUCUCACCGGGCGGAAUCUUGACUGUCUCACUUGAGAGAUAAAUUUGACUUGAGCCCCAGCAUCAAUCGUUACUUGAGAGGCACCAUGCUUUCCUUGAAGAAUGGUGUGCUCCAUUUUGUGCAUCCGUCUUUGAGUAUCCCCUGUUUCCGACAUGGACAGGCUCUUCGUAUGGGGACUGCUGGGAACAGUACCCGAAUGCGUCCUCGAAUACAUUCUUUUCCAGUCAUGGCUGGAGGUGCUCAAGUAAAGGUGAUGGAGAGUAUAAUUGGAGACAUUGCAAAAGAUCGUUCCAAAGUGCCUAAAGUUGUUCUGAAGAGAGGAAAGACACAGCUUUUCCGGGGUGGUAAUCCCAUGGUGUACAGUGGAGCCAUUGAUAGAGUGGUGGGAAGGCCGCCUCCUGUGGCAGGUGACCUCGUCAUGGUCACAGAUGGUGCAGAGCAACCUAUCGCAUGGGGAGUGUACAAUCCAUUAUCUAUGUUUGCUGUUCGGAUCAUGCAAACUGAGGAUGAAGCUCGCAGAGAACCCGAAUGUGUGCUCAACAUGGAGACCUUACUACUUUCUAGAUUUUCAGCAGCCAGGAAGUUGCGGAAAACGUUGGGACUGCCGUCUGAUCAUACCAAUGUCUUCCGGCUGGUGAACAGUGAAGGUGAUAGGUUGUCAGGCUUAAUUGUUGACGUCCUCGGGGAACAAGUUGUGGUAGCCUCGUCUGCCGCAUGGGUUGAGAGACAUAGGUCUACAAUCGAACUUGCUGUCGGUAAAGCCAUCAAAACCUCUCAUGUGUCCUGGAGACCAUCCGUUGAAAUUCUCAAGGAAGAGGGAUUACAAGUUAGUACUUCCGAAGAUUCUUCACUUGAUUCUGCAAGUGAUGUAAUAGGCGAUUUUGAGGUAGUUGAGAAUGGAGUUCGAUAUCUUGCAUCUUUAGAUGGUCAGAAGACAGGAUUUUAUGCUGAUCAACGAGACAGCCGACUAUUACUUCGUUCACUUGCAAGUGGAUCUUCUGUGCUAGAUUUGUGCUGCUAUAGUGGGGGGUUUGCUUUGAAUGCCGCUUUGGGGGGUGCUUCUUAUAUAACUGGAGUAGACUCUUCUUCUCCUGCCUUGGAACUUGCGAAGUCCAAUGCAUCCUUGAACCGGUUAGAUGCAAACUCGAUCGAUUUCGUCAAAGCAGACGUAGCAGAGUAUAUGAAGUCUGCACUCUCUGAAGGAAAGCAGUGGGAUAUUGUGGUACUAGAUCCUCCAAAACUCGCCCCAAAUCGCAAGGUCCUGCAACGUGCGACAGCGAAGUACCGAAAUUUAAAUGCGAUGGCAAUACGGUUGACAAAACCAGGAGGCCUGCUCAUGACCUGUUCAUGUUCAGGAGCGAUGACUCAAAGUGGCAAUUUUCUUUCUGUUAUUCAGGAGGCAGCCAUGUCAGCAAAUAGGCGAGUCACGCAAUUACGUUAUGCAGGAGCUGCACCCGACCAUACCAUAGAUCCAGCAUAUCCUGAAGGAACCUAUUUAACAAAUGUAUUGCUACGAGUUCAGUAGGUGAUGUUUGGAACAGCUUGUCCACACCCUGUCGACAUAAUUAGGUUAACUUCAUCUUAAGCAUUUGAUUCCCCAAAGAGCCAGUGAGAAUCAGCUGUUAUAGCUCUGGGGUUCCAGUUUGCGGAUGACUCCAAAAGUCUCAGUUACUUGUUUCGAGGUCAUGUGUCACUAGCGGCAAUGUGUGUUUCUCGAUCAAUUCGUUGGCUGCUGUUUAUGCCAGUAGAGCCCUUCAUUACCAGCUCACCAUCGGCGGACAUUCCUUUCCCAUGCACAAAUCAUCGUUCGUCUGCUGGUUUUUGAAACUCCUUGCCUCGUACAAGAAUUGAUUUGUUUUUGAGACUGGAAUCUGCUUUUCUUACCAUCUUAAAUCUUGUCAACUUUGUGGGGAGUACAUCGUAACACACCAAUCAAUCCUCUUCCUUGGUGACAGCAGAUUGAGAAAUGUGGUCAGACAAUUGCUGAAUAGUACUUUCAGUGCUUGUCUCUCAACAUCAUGAAUACUAAUCAAGUUUCAUGUCUUUCAAAGCAGGUGGGCGGAUGCUGUCCUACUCGGUAGCUUGCACAUGUAGUAGGGUACUCCGAGAAUUUGGUGUUUGAUGCAGUGUUACGCCGUAAGGCCAAUUAGGAAAAUGUUGUACAGGUUUUGAGUACUUGUGCGUGUUUAUCGAAGACACCCAACUCCUCUCAAUUAGAGCUGACAGGAAAUUUUUCUGCCUAUUUCAAAAUGUUAUUUGGUUGGUUUUAGAAUAAGUGUUAAUGAUAUGAGCAUGGUAUCCAACACACAUGGUGAACGAAACUGUAGUGCGUGACAUUCAUUGUUGCUAGUGUCAGAAUUCAUUUAAGAAAAAUAUGAGGCCAAGAUGGGCAGUGCGCUCCCACUUUGUAAUCAUAGAUUUUCAUUUGAAGUUAA